AUGGAGAGUGCUGUAUCUGGAGAUGCAUCCGGCAAUUGCUUGAAGAAUGUUGCAGAAGUUCUAGGCUUUGGUGGGAUUGGUGCUCUGCCACCCGUUUUUGAGCAUGACGGAGAUCCAGGACUAUGGUCAAUGUCGAAAGAAGGUACCCAGAAUUUAUCACAGACAUACGCAAUCGAAUCUCGAACAUUUAUUUCUCACACGACAGCUGUUUUGACUCAAUAUGGCAUUGAUAGAAUGAACACAAGCGCCGACGCUUUAAUGAAGGCCCCGGGGGGAGGAAGUUCAGCAAUUUUUGGUCCGGAUGCUCGAAAACUCUCUACGGAUAUUCCAGAGGCUGAAGCGGGUAUAAUCUAUGCGGAUUUGUAUAUAGAAGAUAUACUCAAGUACAAAGUAUUCCUAGAUGUCGGUAGUCAUUACAGUCGUCCGGAUAUACUAUGGCUUGGCGUCGACGAUAGUGAAAAGAAACAUUCUUGGACUCAGCAAACAUGA